AUGAGGUACAUCCCCCACAAGAGAGGCAAACCCUCGCGCUGGGUGCGCGAGGCUGCCGGAAACGACGACGUCGAGGGCAUCGACGCCGCGCUCGACGCGGCGAGCAACAAGGACGAAGCUUUGAACAAGGGCGAUAUUAUGGGCAGGACCGCUCUCCACUGGGCGGCGGGACGGGGCCGGGUCGAUGCGGUGCGCCACCUCCUCGCUCUCGGGGCCAGGGUCAAGAUCUCCGGCAUGCACCACACCCCGCUCCACGACCUCGCGGAGAGCGGCGCGGCUGCCGCGCCGACGCUCGUGCAGGAACUCGUGGAGGCCGCGCCCUGGCAGCUCACGUACAAGGACAACACCGGCGCCAUGCCUGUGGACAGGGCGAAAAGCGCGGGGCAGCGCCAGAUGGUUCGCGCGCUCGAGUCCGCCGCCAUGAUGGUCACCGGCGCGGAGCGCGCGAUGAUGAGUCGCCACACGCACUCGUUCCUGCCUUCGUGCCUGUCCGUCGCGACGAUCAGCCUCGACUCGCCCGGUAGCAGCGUCACCAGGCCGCUGCUGGAGGGGGCGUGA